CACAGCUGCCGAAGUCCAGGGCUCCGGGCGGAAGCGGGACCACCCCUCCAGGGAUGCGAAGCGCUGGGGGCGGGCUCGGCGAGGUUCGGGGCGGGUCCGGCUGCGCCUCCCCUGCCCCUCCCUUGAGGCCAGAGCUCCCCAACCCGCCCCCCGCGCCGAGCCGGGCCACCGCUGCUGUGUGUCCCGGCGCAGCCUGCGGGCUUGGAGCGGGCGAAGGCGUCUGGGCCCGCGCCGGAAACUGGGUCAGCCGAAGAGCGGCCGGGAGACUGAGUCCCGCCAUGGCGCGCCAGGUGACCAUCACCUUCAAGGACUUGGCCGUGAGGUUCUCUGAGGAGGAGUGGCGGCUCCUGGAGGAGAGGCAGAGGGAGUUCUACCGAGAGGUGAUGCGUGAGAACUACGAGACUCUGGUAUCUGUGGGGACAGCUGAGCUGCUCCCCCUCUCUGCUUUCCUGUCACCUAUGGAGCCUGGAAGAGCAAUAGGGGGAGGGGAACGUGCUGAUAAAGGACAAGAGCCUCUUGCUAGGGGAGGCCCCCAGGGAGGAAAACCCCAGCAUAGCUUGCACCUUACGGCCCUGGUGCAGCUGGUGAAGGAGAUUCCAGAGUUCUUGUUCAGAGAAGUCAAGGGUACUGUGGACAGCCCUGAGAGCCGAGGAGCCAGCCUGGAUGGGGAUGGAGCAAGUUCCGAAGCAGCAGCUGUGGCAGUAGACAACUGUCCUCUCCAAAGCCAGCUCAGCUGCCUUCCGGACAGCCCCAGUGAUUGGCAGAGCCUGGCCACCACGCCCAGUGGCAGCUCAUCCUCCAGUGGCCUCCUCGGAGACAGGGGGCAGGGAAGCCCCCUCCCCAUCCCAGAAACUGUCAAUAAACCAUGGUCUACAGGGAAGGAAAGCCCAGGAUCUCCAACUGGGGAGCCCAGCCCUCCUACCUGUAGCCCCAGCAGGAGGAAGAGCCACAGAGGCACCCCAGGGGCAGGAACCUCUCCUGGGAGCAGCCCGUUACAGGGCCUCAUCAGCAGUCAGAAAGAAAUCCCUGUGCCCAGGCCCCAGCACCCUGAGGUGGCACCAAAACCACUGCCUCCUCCCCCCAGCCUGGUCUCCUCGAAGCUGACCAAAGUGGAGCUGGGGCCUGCCAGCCUGCCCUGGCCAGUAAAAACGGAGACAGCAUCAGGGGACUGUCCCCUCCAGGGCCUGCUGAACUGCCUGAAGGAGAUCCCAGAGGCCCGGGGCAGGCAUCCCAACCCCUCUCGAGCAAGGGACCCACAGCCGCAAGAGGAGCCAGGGGCCUGGAAAAGGACUUCCGGAGGGCCUGGACAUCACCAGACACCGCCUCCCCACCCUGGUCCUGGCUCUGGCAGUGUGCUCGCUGUGGUGAAGAUGGAAGACAGCUGGACCCAGAGUCCGCCAGUGCCCACAUCCUGCCAGCUUACCAUGCAGAUUCCCAGCCUCUCUACCUCCAGAGACACCAGAGGGGUCCGAGCACCCUACUGGGGCCCCGUGGCUCAAGCUGGCAGGGCCUCAAGCUCACCUCUGGAAGCCCUGGAGGCCUGUCUGAAGGGCAUUCCCCCAAGUGUGUCGUCCCUUCCCCAGCCACUGGCCGCCUCUUGGUCCCAGAGCCCCCAACCAGGAGACCCUGGGUCUCGGAAGCCCGAGCUGCGUCCUCACGGAUCACAUAGUGAAGAGGUAACCAAGGAACCUCUUCUGCAUCUGGCCCCACGGGGCUGUGUGAGAGAAGGCCCUGCCCGGCCCUCAGGCCCCCGAGGCACCCCCACCGGCUUCUCCUCUGCCAGCAGCACUGAUGGGGACCUGGAUUUUGGAAGCCCUGUGGGAAACCAGGGACAGUGGCCCAGGAAAGGAAGCCCACUGGGAAGCUCCCCACUCCAGGGUCUAGAGAACUGUCUCAAAGAAAUACCUGUGCCCAGGCCACAGCCUGCCUGGCCCUGCUCCUCAGCAGCAGACAGGGGACCAAGGAGAAUGGAACUCAGGAACUGGGCAGCAGACAAGGAAGGACUGAGGGGCGAGGCCUGUGAGCCAGCCCAUCCCGGGCAGGGUGGGGGAGAAGUACCCGCCAGGAGCCUCCAUCUGGCCAGCCCACAGGCCUUCUCUUCCAGCUGCAUCCCUGCCUGCCACCAGCGAGGGCUCAAAGACCACAGGACCGCCAGGCCAGGACCUGAGAGGUGGCUCCAAGAUGGGGCACCCACCAGACCCUCCCCACUGCACUGCCUGGAGACCUCUCUGCGGGAGAUCUUGCCAGUGAGGCCCUUGCGCUUUGCCUGCUUGGCUGGCCCUGGCCCCAGCCCCAGCCCUAGCUCCAGCUCCAGCCUGAGCAGCUCUGACGGAGAAGACCUGAGGCUGGAGCCUGAGGUCUGGCAGCAGCCCCUGCAGGAGAGGGACCGCCUUCCCAGCUGUAGGCAUCCUGUCCCUUUGUCCCCAAGCCCUGGUAGGGCCCCUGCUGGCAGCAGUGGCAGCAGUCCUGGUGAAGCCCCCGGGAGAACAGAACCCCAAAGCUGCAGCAACGUCAGUGCAGGAGGAAGAGCAGAAGAGGUGACGGAAGGCAGGUCCCAGUUGCCAGAGAGAGAAGACAGCAACUGCCAGCCUGGUGCCCCCAGCAGUGCCAGAGAAGGAAGAGUCGGAAGAGCAGCUGAGAGUCCCUGCCCUGCCCCAAGGCUAGAGAAAAGGCCCAGGCCUGAGGCUGGUGAAGAACCCAGGGGCCUGGAGCCUGAGCACAGAAGGCCCAGUAUUACAGCCAGGACCCAAGGGAGGCUGCUCCCCAGGGGCCAGCCCAAGCCGGACAGUGAGUCUCCCCAGCCAGAGCUGCCCCCUCUGGCAGCCGUCUCCCCUGCAUUGCCAGCUGCGUGCCACUGUGGGAAGCCCUUGCAGCAGGAGCUGCACAACCUCGGUGCCGCCCUCGAGGAGAAGCUGGAUCGGCUUGCUACGGCCCUGGCAGGCCUGGCUCAGGAAGUGGCCAACAUGAGGACCCAAGUGGAUCGGCUGGGGAGGCGCCCACGGGGCCCUGGGUCAAAGGGCCAGGCUCCCUGGCCAUGGACCCUCCCCCAGGGACCGCGCUGGGGCCAUGGCCUUGGUCGCAGACAUAUGCCCUACUGGAGACAGAAAGGCCCCACCAGGCCUAAACCAAAGAUCCUCCGGGUGCAGACAGAAGGCUGCAGGGCUGGCGAUUCCCCAGGACUCCCCCGUGGGAGGGUACGCCUGGCGCCUCAGCUACCUUCGGAUGCUUCCCCUGCAGAGCCUUCUGGGCCCAACCACAGCCCACCCCAGCAGCCUGUCUCCUCAGCACCCAGCUGCUAUGCUGCGCUGACUGGGCACCCUCCCCUCAGACAUACUGGGGGCCACCAGGUGCCCCCUCCCCCUUUAGUGCCUGUUGCCUUACCUCCCCAGGUGGCCUCUCCUGCCACCAGUGCAGAUGCAGAACCAACCAGGAUCUCAAGCCAGCCCAAGGAGUUGAACGGCCUGCUGGGGGGUGUACAGAGAGCCCUCCAGGAGGAGCUGUGGGGUGGUGAGCAUAGGGACCCACGGUGGGGGGCUCAUUAACUGUGUUCUUCACCAGUCUAGCCCUGCAGGAUGUCUACCCUAGCCAUGCUUUCCCUGGGGACAUGUCUCCCUCACCACCUGCUCCCCUGGCCCUUCCACUGCUGGAGUCUCACCUGGUGUCCUGACUGUGCCGGGCCCUGGGUGGUAUCUGCUCAGGAGGACCAGGAGGGGGGUGCAUUCCUCAGCCACUGAGUGGCUAUCUUGGCUCAGGUUCAAUCGGAUGUUGCUUCCCCCAGCUGGCCAGCUUCACAGGUGUGUUAUGUAUAUACAUGCACAGGGUGUCCCCUGUUGCUGUGGGGCAGCUAAGCGGGCACUCUUCACUACCUGCCAUCCCUGGUCUCAGAAGUAAAUACUGGCACAGAUCUCAUUUUGGAAAUACUUUGCCCCUUGGUCCCAGCUGGAUUUACCCCUGUAGAUUCUAACAUUAAAGAGUUAGCUGCUAAGGAAAGGCCCUUGGCUCCUGAAAACAUACACUCCGUGGGCCCACGGUGGGUGCAGUUGACUGAGUUUUGCCAGUAGAACAGUGGGGAUGGGUCGGCCAAUGGUGUCUCCCCUGCGGACACAUGCGAGAGAAUUCAGGAACGUGCUGCUAAGGCUCAGGGCUCAGCUAAGGCUGGGGAAAGCUUUCCCAAACAACUCCCUGGGAAAAUGCACACGCUGAGGAAUCCAACGACGAUGUUUUCUUUUGUCAGUUCUGGAGGCCAGAAGUCAAAAUCAAGGUGUUGUCAGGGUUGAUUUUGUGGCUGGGAGGGAGGGAUCUCCCCGGGCCUGUCCUCUCGGCUGUAGCUGGCCAUGUUUGUGUUCACAGGCAUCUGCUACAUGUGUCACCUCACAGCCCCUUUGUACUGGGACACCAGUUGUCCUGAAUUAGGGUUCACCCUCAUGCAUUCACUGUUACUUGAUUACCUGUAGAAAGACUCUAUCAAGUCAGGUCAUGUUCUGAGGUUCUGGGCCUAGGACUCCAAUAUAUGAAGUGGGGGUGGGAGUAUGGCGCAGCCCAUGACACACUGGGCAGGCCUUGGGGUCAUCUUGUAAAAGCUGUGACUAGUGUCACUGGGCCUGCUUCUGUGCUGUCCGCUCCCAGCAGUUGACUGUGCACUGGAGCAGGCUGCCUGCCAUUCUACCUCAGGCUGAGUUCAACCUGAGUUCCAUAUUUAAUCUGAGAGAUCUUUAAGGAACUGAGCUGUCUUACCACGUGGGCCUGGGAAAGCCUGCUUAGCUAUGGGCUGGCACAUUUAGCUCUGCCAUCAGGGCUCUGGGGAAUCUAGUGUGCUAUUGUGGAAGCCUAGGACAGCGGGCCACUGCUUGCCCUGGUAUGGCUCUAAAGUCCCGCCUUUGGAGACACACAAAGGCCUAUGCUCCACCUCCCUUGUGAGUGUGGGCCAGACAGCCUUGCCUGGGGCUCCAGAACUGAAGCUGUCUUUGUGCUGCCCUGGUGGGAGGAGCCAGGUCUCCACAGAGCAGACUGGAGAGGAGGCAGGGCAGACGGGUGAUAACAGGAGGUUAGAGUGUUUCAGGACUAGAUCAAGGGCCAAGGUGAUGGAAGCAGCACUACUGAGGUCAGGUGGGUAGGGUGUUUGGAGUGAACAGUCUCACAGCUACAUCUGAUGCAGAGAACAGAAGUGCCCUGAAGAACUCAGGAGAAUGAGCCCAGCUCCCUUAGAGAAUAUGCAGGAAGCAACAUGGGGCACAUUUUAGAGCCAAUAGAAAGAGGUUAGGACUCGGUUAUGGAGCAGAGCCGAGAAGACCUCCCUGUGGCCCCUCCCACUCCCUUCUCCAUUUCCCUUACGGAGGUGUUGGGGUCCAUGGGAGGGGUCUACCAUACACCUGUGUGUGGUAGGUGAAGGAUAGUUUUGCCUUGUGGCUGCGAUGCCAGCCAUGCAGCAUGCAGAGGAAAAGGAGUUUGGUGUGGUUUGGGACCUUGCUCCUGCUGCACAGCUUUUCACUGUAUGGCUGGGAAGAGAGUCUUCCUCCUCAGCACGGCUACCCAGCACCCAGCAGUGCCCUCCCCCACUGAGCAAGCUCCUUACCGCCUGUGCCUGCUGUCACAGGCAAGGAUAUUCAGGAGUCCAGAUCCAAUUAGGCUGUAUAAUAAGUUCAGGAGACAUAACGCAGAAUAGAAUAGAAAGAAGUUGCCUGAGCUGUGGCUAUCUCCAUUACUCAGGAAGUGGGUCCCUGGGUCUCAGUCCUGUCCACUGCCACAAAUAUUCACUUUUGAAAAAAAAGAAAAAAAGCAGUGAAGUGCCCCACCCCCCACCCUCAUGUCUCCAGGCCACCACUGAGGGGUCUGAGGGCAGGGAGGCUGGAAUGGGGGUGGUGCCAGGGCCACAGCUGGCUGCCUGUGAUGUCCAGUGAUCCUUGCUUCCUCUUAACAGAAGCAUGGCACUCGGGCAGGACAGACUUGCCGUGCCCCUUGUGUGUCUUUGCAUCUUAGAUGUGGCUCCGGUGAACAGCCCGCAGCUGGGUCUGGUCUUGUAACGUGUUUGGACAAAUGUUCAUCUGUACUUAGAGCCCAUGAACCAUUUAAGUGUGUUAUGGCUACUGUGUUUGGGUUUGAACAUCCACCUUAUGGUGUGGUCCCUCUUGAGGGUUGUAUUGUUUUUGUUUCUGUUUGCUUUUUUAAUCUUCAUUCCUGCCUUCAUAUUUACAA